GUUGUAGUUGUUUCUAAAUCUUGUGCAACUAUGUUCAGAAGCUCAGGAAUUUCCAGCUAUUUGGGAGCUUUCGAGUUCUCCGAGAAACAAGAUUUCAACAAGAAAAACUUACAUUUCAUUGGAUUCCCACAUCAAAGAAAAGUUCCAAGCUUUCAGAAAGAGUUCUUGCUUGAGAAUAAAGAACAGCUUGCUAACCACAGAAGAGGACUUGAUGCUAAGCUUGUACCUGCGCUUCCAAAAGUUGCAGAAUUAAGAGAAAUCUUUGAACCAAAGAAAAAAGAGCUUUUAGAAAUGAAAAGAAAAGAAAGAAUUGCCCGGCGCUUGGAAGGCAUCGAGAAUGACGCCCAGCCGGUCCUCCUGCAGAGCUGCACGGGGCUGGUGACACACCGCCUGCUGGAGGAGGACGCGCCCCGGUACACGCGCGCCGGGCGAUCAAACGAAGAGGAAGAAAGUCCCGGCUCUUCUUUAGAAAAGCAAACUCGAUCUAAGUACAGCACGGAAACCUCAGGCAUCCAUGGUGACCCCCGCGGCCAGGGGUCCAAAGCCGAGAGGAUUGCAAGGUACAAAGCGGAGAGGAGACGGCAGCUGGCGGAGAAAUACGGGCUCACUCCGGACCCCGGAGAGGACUCCGAGUACCUGUCCCGGUACCCCAAGUCCAGGAAGGACCCCGACGCUGCCGAGAAACAGGGCGGGCAAGCCGACCAGCAAGAGGAGUCCAGCAAAGUCUCGAGCUCUGCCUACUCCAGGCCGGACAUCGCGGGGCUCAGGACCUGUGUCCACGGGAGGGACACCUCAGACGAGGAGGCCCCCCUCGACCUGGCGAACCAAAGACGGGGCCAGGAGCCGAGCGCCGCCCGGCCAGCCCAAGACGCGACCCUGACGGUUGAGAGCUCACCCUUCUCAUUCUCUGGGCGCGGCUCCGGCUUCACCGAUGUGCCAAGGUCCCCAAAGCAAACCCACAGCCCCUGCCUUCAGCAGUCACCCUCCCCAAGCCACUCCGCGGGGGACCCGGAGCUGCGGUCCAGUGCAGGGAAAGUCCAGCACGAGUGGUUUCUCCAGAAAGACUCGGAAGGAGACACGCCUUCACUUAUCAACUGGCCCUCCAGAGUUAAAGUUAGAGAGAAACUGGUGAAAGAGGAGAGUGCUCGCAGCAGCCCUGAACCUGCCUCCGCCUCCUUCCCUCAGAGACACCAGGCAGUCCACUGCCUGUCCUUUCAGUCAGAGAGCUCGGCCUUCGAUAGGGUCCCACGCAGGGCAGGCGGCUCCGUGCGGCAGGCCAGCCGCGCCUGUGUCCAGCCAGCAGAUCCCGUCCCCGUUGUCAAGCUGCUGACGGCGGAGACCCCAGAAAGUGUGUCCGAGGGCAGCUGGGUGGGCCCGGCCACCUCGAAUAUCAUAAAGCCUCCCGCCCCGAAGGUUCCAGAAGGUGAGAGGAGGGACGCCCCAGCCCUCCACAUCUGUGAACCCAAGGCAGAAGAAGUGCCCUUUCCUGACGCUCUUGAGAAAAGCCCACAAGCCCCGGUGACCUUGGAGGAUGAGGGGCUCGAGAGAGGCCAGGAAGACCGCUCUGGGAGUGAGGACCUAGGCACGGCCACCACCACCUUAGAAGCUCCGAAGGAGCCACCGGCUCAGCACCAGCCCGCCGAGAGGACGGGCCGCAGCGAAGUGGUUCUGUACGUUCAGAGCGAGCCUGUGUCCCGAGAGGCCACGUCAAGGGACCCCAGAAAGGAAGCCACUCCACAGAAGCACAAGGUCCGCACCCGCUCGCUGUCUGACUACACCGGGCCCCCUCAGCUCCAGGCCUCGAGGGGUCCGGACUCCGCCGACCUGGAGCUGCAGGCGUCCAAGGCCGAAGGGCCCUGCACGGAGCCCGGCGUGCUGGACACCAGGGUCUCCGUCGCCCGACUCCGAAGUGUGUUUCUGGAGUCUGCCAGAGCCGGCAGGAAACCCGAACUCCAAUCACGGGCUGAGUGGUCGCCUGGAACAGCUGGCUUGCCCACCGGUAUGGAGCAGGAGAGAGGGGCCCGGAAACCAAGGCGCUAUUUUUCUCCUGGUGAAAAUAGGAAAACUUCUGAGCGAUUUAGAACUCAACCUAUAACCUCAGCAGAACGGAAGGAGUCAGAUAGAUACGCUUCGAGUUCAGAAAUGCCAGCCAUUGAGGAUGAAGAAAACGUAGAUGAACGAGCCAAGCUGAGUGUCGCCGCCAAGAGGCUGCUAUUCAGGGAGAUGGAGAAAUCUUUCGACGAGCAGAAUGUCCCAAAGAGACGCUCGAGAAAUGCCGCAGUGGAGCAGAGGCUGCGGCGCCUGCAGGACCGGUCCCACACGCAGCCCGUCACCACGGAGGAAGUGGUCAUCGCAGCCUCUGAACCUAUCCCUGCUUCGUGUUCUGGGGCCGCCCACCCUGGAACGGCGAGACUUCCCAGGCCCACUGUAGCUAGGAGCUGUGUGCAGCCUGCCAGAUUGCAGGCUUCUGCUCACCAAAAAGCUCUAGCCAGGGACCAGGCAAAUGAGGGCACAGAUUCCGCUGAACCAGGCGAACCUGAUUCCUCCACUCUGAGCUUAGCAGAGAAGUUGGCCUUGUUUAACAAAUUGUCCCAGCCUGUCUCCAAGGCUAUUUCCACCCGAAACCGAAUCGACUUGAGACAGAGAAGAACAAAUGCCCGCUACCAGACCCAGCCCGUCACGCUUGGCGAGGUGGAGCAGGUGCAAAGCGGCAAGCUCAUCCCCUUCUCCCCCACCGUGAACACCUCCAUGUCUACCGCGGCCGCCACGGCCGCCCCCAUGUAUGCAGGGGAGCUCAAGGCAAAGCCACCCACCACUGACUCCAAGUUCCCCUCUGCGGCAGAAAGUGCAGACUCUCUGGUUAGAAGCAUUCUCAAGUCACAGGCCUGGCAGCCUUUGGUGGAGGGCAGUGGGGGCAGAGGAAUGUCGAGAGAAUGCGCAGGGACGGAAGGCAAGGGCGCCCUGCCAGCGGGGGACAGAGGCCUGGAGGAAGACAGCCACCAGGAGCCCAGAUACACAGUUCUGCGGAAGGGAAGCCUGGAGCUGGCUGCCCUUGACACCCCGCUUGGUGACGGUCUGAAGGAGACUCCCACUAGGAAAGGCAGCACCCAAGGAAGCCCGGGCACCGAGGACAGGCCAGCCUUUGAAGACGAGGGGGACACGGAGAUCACCCCUAAAAGGAGGUUUUCCCUCAGAGCAGCCCAGUUCGGGGAGCCCACUUCUGAGCAGACUGGCACGGCCUUCUCCACCGGGAAGCCCAGCGCUCCAGGGGCUGCCUCGGCUUCUGGGAAGCAGCAGGGUCCCUCGGAGCAGCCAGCAGAGAAGCGCUCAGAGAGCCCCUGCACCGCGUUUGCUGCUGGAGAGAUCAAAGUGCCACCGGGAGAGGGCGCCGCGGACUCGCCUGGCAAAACCAUGUCGAUUAAAGAGAGACUAGCACUGUUGAAGAAGAGUGGUGAGGAAGACUGGAGGAACAGACUUAACCGGAAGCAGGAGUACGGCAAAGCAUCUGCCGCUGGCAGCCUGCACAUCCAGGAGGUGGAGCAGUCACUUAAACAGAAGGAAGAAGGAGGAGUCACAGAGGACAGCGCCGAGUGUAAUCUGCUCUGGCGGGUGUCGGAGAGUCGAGAGAGCCAGAUGACGAUCGAGGAGCGGAAGCGCCUCAUCACUGUGCGGGAAGAGGCCUGGAAGACGAGGGGCAGAGGCGCCGCCAACGACUCCACCCAGUUCACGGUGGCUGGCAGGAUGGUGAAGAAAGGUUUGGCGUCGCCCACGGCCAUAACCCCAGUAGCAUCCCCUCUUGGCAGCAAAUCGAGGGGCACCACCCCAGUUUCCAAACCUCUGGAAGAUAUUGAAGCCAGACCGGAUAUGCAGUUGGAAUCGGACCUGAAGUUGGACAGGCUAGAGACCUUUCUGAGAAGGCUGAAUAACAAAGUCGGAGAAACGGUGCUUACUGUCACUGGUAAAUCCGUUAAGGAGGUGAUGAAGUUGGAUGAUGAUGAGACGUUUGCCAAAUUUUACCGCAGCAUGGACCACAACGCACCCAGGAGCCCCGUGGAUCUGGAUGAGGACUUUGAUGUUCUUUUCGAUCCUUAUGCACCCAAAUUGACGUCCGCCGUGGCUGAGCACAAGCGGGCCGUGAGGCCCAAGCGCCGGGUGCAGGCUUCUAAAAACCCGCUGAAGAUGCUGGCUGCCCGGGAAGACCUCCUUCAGGAGUACACGGAGCAGAGGCUGAACGUCGCCUUCAUGGAGUCCAAGCGGAUGAAGGUGGAAAAGAUGUCCUCCAACUCCAACUUCUCAGAAGUGACCCUGGCCGGCUUAGCCAGUAAGGAGAACUUCAGCAGCGUCAGCCUGAGGAGCGUCAACCUGACGGAGCAAAACUCUAACAACAGCGCGGUGCCCUAUAAGAAGCUGAUGCUGCUGCAGGUUAAAGGGAGAAGACACGUGCAGACCAGGCUGGUGGAGCCGCGCGCCUCGUCCCUCAACAGCGGGGACUGCUUCCUCCUGCUGUCCCCCCAGCACUGCUUCCUGUGGGCGGGAGAGUUCGCAAAUGUCAUCGAAAAGGCGAAGGCCUCAGAACUUGCAACUUUAAUUCAGACAAAAAAGGAACUUGGUUGUCGAGCUACUUACAUACAAACCAUUGAAGAAGGAAUUAAUACACACACUCAUGCAGCCAAAGACUUCUGGAAGCUCCUGGGUGGCCAAACCAGUUACCAAUCUGCUGGUGACCCAAAGGAAGACGAGCUCUAUGAGGCAGCCAUCAUAGAGACAAACUGCAUUUACCGCUUGAUGGAUGACAAACUUGUCCCUGAUGAUGACUUCUGGGGCAAAAUUCCCAGGUGCUCCCUUCUGCAACCAAAAGAGGUCCUGGUGUUUGAUUUUGGCAGUGAAGUUUAUGUGUGGCAUGGGAAAGAAGUCACGUUAGCCCAGCGAAAAAUAGCAUUUCAGCUGGCCAAACACUUAUGGAAUGGAACCUUCGACUACGAGAACUGCGACAUCAACCCGCUGGAUCCCGGAGAGUGUAACUCACUCAUCCCCAGAAAAGGACAAGGGCGGCCUGAUUGGGCAAUAUUUGGGAGACUUACAGAGCACAAUGAGACUAUUUUGUUCAAGGAGAAAUUUCUUGAUUGGACUGAACUGAAGCGACCUACUGAGAAGAACAGCGGGGACUUUGCUCAGCAGAAGGAAGACGUGAGGGCGGACGUCAAGCCGUACGAUGUGACACAGAUGGUGCAGCUGCCGCAGGUGGUGGCCGGCACCAUCCUGGAUGGGGUGAAUGUGGGCCGCGGCUACGGUCUGGUGGAAGGGGACGACAGGAGGCAGUUCGAGAUCGCUAGUGUCUCGGUGGACGUCUGGCACAUCCUGGAGUUUGACUACAGCAGGCUCCCGAAACAGAGCAUCGGCCAGUUCCACGAGGGAGACGCCUAUGUGGUCAAGUGGAAGUUCAUGGUGAGCACUGCAGUGGGAAGCAGACAGAGGGGAGAGCAUUCAGUCCGAGUGGCCGGCAAGGAGAAGUGCGUCUAUUUCUUCUGGCAAGGCCGGCACUCGACCGUGAGUGAAAAGGGAACUUCGGCCCUAAUGACGGUGGAGCUGGACGAGGAGAGGGGCGCGCAGGUCCAGGUCCUGCAGGGGAAGGAGCCGCCCUGCUUCCUCCAGUGUUUCCAGGGCGGGAUGGUGGUGCACUCUGGGCGCCGGGAAGAGGAAGAAGAGAACAUGCAGAGUGAGUGGAGGCUAUACUGUGUGAGAGGAGAAGUCCCGCUGGAAGGGAACUUGCUGGAGGUGGCCUGUCACUGCAGCAGCCUGCGGUCCAGGACCUCCAUGGUGGUCCUCAACGUCAACAAGGCCCUGAUCUACCUGUGGCACGGAUGCAAAGCGCAGGCCCACACAAGGGAGGUGGGAAGGACUGCAGCAAACAAAAUUAAGGAACUAUGCCCUCUGGAAGCCGGACUGCACAGCAGCAGCAACGUGACGAUUCACGAGUGUGAGGAAGGGUCUGAGCCCCUGGGCUUCUGGGACGCGCUGGGCAGGAGGGACAGGAAAGCUUACGACUGCAUGCUUCAAGAUCCAGGAAGUUUUAACUUCGCACCCCGCCUGUUCAUCCUCAGCAGCUCCUCUGGAGACUUCUCAGCCACAGAGUUCGUGUACCCUGCCCGGGCAGCCUCUCUGGUCAGCUCGAUGCCCUUCCUGCAGGAAGACCUGUACAGUGCCCCACAGCCAGCUCUCUUCCUCGUCGACAAUCACCACGAGGUGUACCUGUGGCAAGGCUGGUGGCCCAUUGAGAACAAGAUCACCGGCUCCGCCCGCAUCCGCUGGGCCUCGGACCGGAAGAGCGCCAUGGAGACCGUGCUGCAGUACUGCAGAGGAAAGAACCUCAAGAAGCCGCCCCCCAAGUCCUACCUUAUCCAUGCUGGUCUGGAGCCCCUGACCUUCACCAACAUGUUUCCCAGCUGGGAGCACAGGGAGGACAUUGCGGAGAUCACAGAAAUGGACACGGAAGUAUCAAAUCAGAUCACCCUGGUGGAAGACGUCUUAGCCAAGCUCUGUAAGACCAUCUACCCGCUGGCCGAUCUCCUAGCCAGGCCCCUGCCGGAAGGAGUUGACCCUCUGAAGCUUGAGAUUUACCUCACCGAUGAAGACUUCGAGUUUGCCCUGGACAUGACGCGAGAUGAGUACAGCGCACUGCCUGCCUGGAAGCAGGUGAACCUCAAGAAAGCCAAGGGCCUCUUCUGAGCCAGGCAGCCCAGCAGCCAGCUCAGCACCGCCGGACCAGAAAGACCAAUCCUGGGGCUGUUGCUUUUUUAAAGAAUGUUUAAAUGAGUUUUUCCAAAGCUGACCUUGUUAACGAUACUGCUUGUCCCAGAUGUGUGUAUUUUGUAAAUGUUUAAGAGAACUCUUCUCCAGAAACUUGCUUUCUGCAGUUCUGCAGGUGACGUGAGUAAAGGUCUCUGUCGUGUGCACUUCUGCAGAGAUCCCUCGGCAGCCCCACAGCCUGCCCUCCUGUUCUAUCCAGGCGUUGCCUUUGUGUUUUUCUUUUUGGAAGCAGUUCUCUUUAUAAAGUGUUAUUUUGAUAGUUUGUGGAUUCCAAAAUAUAUAUAUUUAUAUAAACACCAUAUAAAUCAAAUAUGUAUUUAACAAAGCAAUAUGUAUUCAUUCACUUUUAAUUUUUCUCUUUUUUUGGUGUCAAAAUUUUAUUACCAGGUAGUCGGAGUGGCUUCUGUUGGGUUAGAUCUGCCACCCACCUGUAGCUUUGUACACACUCAGGAGGUCCCUUCUGAGUUAGGCCUGACUUGCUCUGAGUGCUGCUUCCGGUGCUAAAACGGACAAAGAAUCUGUACUUACUGGUGUGGAUGCUGAGGAAUCUAUGUGAAUCAACCUUUCUACCUUAAUAUCGCCCAGAAAAUGUAUAGUGCCUUGUUUUUAUGUACAGUUUAUAUACAGAAAAGUUUGCUCUGCACUUUUGAUGCUGAUAUAGAACAUUACCUACAGUUUUACCCUCAAAUAGUAGGAAUAAAAACAUCUCAAUUUGUAAAACCCAUUGUAAACAUUACACCUAUCAUUUUGUGACCUCGGACUCCAAAAUAAAAACC